CCAGCGCAGAAAGCGAGCCUGCUCCCUGAAUGCUCAGCGUGUAUCAACAAUCUGCUGCACCGAUGGAUUUUAAGGAGCUUGGAGACGGCUCGUCCUCCGAGGGCGACACGGAGGAUCUGGACAGCGUGAAAGCGCUCACGGAGAAGCUGAAGUUACAGACCCGCAGACCGUCCUACCUCGAGUGGCAGGAGCGCGUACAGAGCCGAGCGUGGAAGGAAAGAAAUUCCGCGGACGGUCCCGACUCAGGAGGACAGCAAGUCGUUUCCGUGCCGGCAAUUUUGAGGAGCUCAGAACUGGUUGUGGGCCGCAUCUGUGGCUUUGACACCAUGGACGAUGCCCUGGAGCAUCUUAGAAAAGAGCUGAGGGAAAUGCAAGUUCAGGACAACCGACUGGCCCGUCAGCUGAUCCGUCUGCGGGUGGAGAUCCAUCGGCUCAAGGUGGAGCAAGUGUGCCACCGUCACAAGGAGAUGCUGGACGACGCAACGUACGAGCUGGAGGAGUGCGGGGAGGAGUCGGACCUUCUGUGUGAUAUCCCCAUGAAGGCUGCCUUUGCUCUGUCCACCCCGCUAAAACAUCUGGGCCUCACCAAGAUGAAUAUCAACUCCAGGCGUUUCUCACUGUGUUAAAGACCGCAGGCCUCACUCGCGCCACCGAGGACGCUCCGUCACCUCCUCUGUGUUCGUGUAGGCAUUAUUGUUAUAAAGGGUUGUUUCCGUUGAUGGCGCAGUGGGGCAAAAGUAAAGCUGAGCCACUAGCAGCUGUGAAUGAAAAUGAAAACGAUGAUGACUUUGAUGCGUGCCUUGGUAUGACAUGCAUGAGGAAGCCUGUGCAUACAGACCUGCAGGGGCAUACACCUUUAUCAUCGCGCAGCUUCCUGCUGGAUGAGGUCUGGGCAGCUCUGCUGUUGACUGAGAGAAUUAAGAGCUAGACUGAAGUAUACUCAGUGAACUGAGUAUAUUUUUAAUAUCAGAAACCAAGG